GCAACUUCCUCCAACUACGAUCGGCUCCUUACGUCACGUGUCAGACAUUAUCAUUUCGACACCUGGCAAACACACGUAUCCCAAUGGCUCUCCUUAGCGGCCGUGUCAUAGCCAUAACCGGUGCUGCAUCCGGCAUAGGCCUAGCAACAGCUCAUCUUCUCGCCUCUCGAAACGCAACACUUUCCAUCGCCGACGUCAACGCGACAGCUCUAGAGAAAGCGGAGAGAGACUUGAAACAGCGCUUUCCAAGCGUAGACAUAUUACCAUACGUGCUCAACGUCAGCAAAGAAGAAGAAGUACAAAAGUGGAUCGAAACCAUCAUAGCAGUCUACGGCCGCCUGGACGGAGCCGCGAAUCUAGCCGGUGUAAUCGGGCCCUCAAUCGGGCUCAAAGGCAUCGACAAGCAAGACAUUUCAGAAUGGGAUUUCAUCAUGUCGGUCAACCUACGCGGUGUGAUGCUCUGCCUCAAGCACCAACUGCGGCAUAUUUCCGACCACUCCGGCGGCUCCAUCGUCAACGCGAGUAGCAUUGCAGGCGUACAAGGCAUGGCUAACAACGCCGCCUACUCCGCGAGCAAACACGGCGUUAUUGGCCUUACGCGCAGCGCCGCAAAGGAAGUGGGGCACCGUGGUGUGCGCGUCAAUGCGGUUUGUCCGGGAUACAUUGAUACGCCUAUGAAUCAUAAGAGUCGGGAUAUUGCGAUUCAGAAUGGCAUGGAGGCUCAGCGCGAGAAGAGGAUUACUAGUGUUGCGUUGAAGAGGACGGGAGCUCCGGAGGAGUGUGCCGAGUUGAUUGUGUAUUUGUUGGGGGAUGGGUCGAGUUUUAUUACGGGGAAUGCAAUUAGUGUUGAUGGGGGGUGGAAUUGCUGAGUGUGGAUGAUUGGGAGGGGGUAGGGAAGGAGAGUUGUACCGAAAUGAGAACAUGUCGCUACGGGGUUUUGCGAGUAGAAAGACUGUCUGAUUGGCAGUCUAUGACAGCUACGAGGGGUAUUAACAUGAGUCUGUGACUUUGCUACCCUUCUACUUCAUGACUACUUGUUGAUUUGGUGUCCAGAUUUUGGAUUCACCUUGGCAGAGGGACACUCUACAAGUAAAAUCCUGCCUUUUGAUUAAGAUGAAAGAGUCACG